AGUGUCCAGAACACGGAGUGAGUGAGCAGUCUCAGUGGAGAGCUGCUGGAUUUCAGAGACCAGGACCAGGACCAGGACCAGAGCGGAAUGGAGGAGGAGCAGCAGAAGCCGGAGCAGCGGAGCAACAAGGUCCCCAGAAGAGCAGCAGCAGGCUCGGCCUCUGAUAGCAGCGGUGUUCAGAAACGGAGAGGAGGAGGGGGACUCAGACAUCACAGCUGUCAGCACUGUGGCAAGUCCUUCACAACAUCUGGAAGUUUAAAGAGUCAUCAGAGAGUUCACACGGGAGAGAAACCAUACAGCUGUGAACACUGUGGGGCAGCUUUCACACAGUUAAGUACGCUCAAAAGUCAUCAACUCAUUCACACUGGAGAUAAACCCUACAGCUGUGACAUAUGUGGGGCAGCUUUCAAACAGUUGGGUGCGCUCAAAAGUCAUCAGCGCAUUCACACUGGAGAGAGACCGUACAGCUGUGAUCAAUGUGGGGCAGCUUUCAAACAGUUGGGUGCGCUCAAAAGACACCAACUCAUUCACACUGGAGAGAAGCCGUACAGCUGUAAACAAUGCGGAGCGGCAUUCACAACGUCGGGUAAACUUAAAGUCCACCAACGCAUUCACAGUGGAGAGAAACCGUACAGCUGUGAACAAUGCGGGGCAGCAUUCACACACUUAGAAAACUUAAAAUCCCACCGACGUGUUCACACUGGAGAGAAGCCGUUCUGGUGUGAGCAAUGUGGGAAAACCUUUUCUCAGAGUGAUACCCUUAAAAACCACCAACGCAUUCACACUGGAGAGAAACCGUACAGCUGUGAACAAUGCGGGGCAGCUUUCACACAGUUGGGUGCGCUCAAAACACACCAACUCAUUCACACUGGAGAUAAACCGUUCAGCUGUGAACAAUGCGGGGCAGCUUUUACAGCGUUGGUUAACCUUAAAAUCCACCAACGCAUUCACACUGGCGAGAAACCGUACAGCUGUGAACAAUGCGGGGCAGCUUUCACAACGUCAAGUAGUCUUAAAGUCCAUCAACUCAUUCACACUGGAGAGAAGCCGUACAGCUGUGAACAAUGUGGGAAAACUUUUUCUGUGAGUGGUACCCUUAAAAGACACCAACGCAUUCACACUGGAGAGAAGCCGUACAGCUGUGAACAAUGUGGAGCAGCUUUCACAACGUUGUGUUAUCUUAAAGUCCACCAACUCAGUCACACUGGACAUAAACCGUACAGCUGUGAACAAUGUGGGAAAACUUUUUCUCACAGUGGUUCCCUUAAAAGACACCAACGCAUUCACACUGGAGAGAAGCCGUACAGCUGUGAACAAUGCGGCGCAGCAUUCACACGGUUAAAGAGCUUAAACUCCCACCGACAUGUUCACACAGGAGAGAAGCCGUUCUGGUGUGAGCAAUGUGGGAAAACUUUUUCUAAGUUUCAGAACCUUGAAAGACACCAACGCAUUCACACUGGAGAGAAGCCGUACAGCUGUGACCAAUGCAGAGCAGCCUUCACAACAUCAUAUAACUUAAUAACCCACCGACGUGUUCACACUGGAGAGAAGCCGUUCUGGUGUGAACAAUGUGGGAAAACUUUUUCUCAGAGUAGUGCCCUUAAAGUCCACCAACGCAUUCACACUGGAGAGAAGCCGUUCUGGUGUGAGCAAUGUGGGAAAACUUUUUCUCGGGGUAAUAGCCUUAAAAAUCACCAACGCAUUCACACUGGAGAGAAACCGUACAGCUGUGAACAAUGCGGGGCAGCUUUCACAACAUCAAGUAGUCUUAAAGUCCAUCAACUCAUUCACACUGGAGAGAAGCCGUACAGCUGUGAACAAUGUGGGAAAACUUUUUCUGUGAGUGGUACCCUUAAAAGACACCAACGCAUUCACACUGGAGAGAAGCCGUACAGCUGUGAACAAUGUGGAGCAGCUUUCACAACGUCGUGUUAUCUUAAAGUCCACCAACUCAGUCACACUGGACAUAAACCGUACAGCUGUGAACAAUGUGGGAAAACUUUUUCUCACAGUGGUUCCCUUAAAAGACACCAACGCAUUCACACUGGAGAGAAGCCGUACAGCUGUGAACAAUGCGGCGCAGCAUUCACACGGUUAAAGAGCUUAAACUCCCACCGACAUGUUCACACUGGAGAGAAGCCGUUCUGGUGUGAGCAAUGUGGGAAAACCUUUUCUAAGUUUCAGAACCUUAAAAAACACCAACGCAUUCACACUGGAGAGAAGCCGUACAGCUGUGACCAAUGCGGAGCAGCAUUCACAACAUUAUUUAACUUAAUAACCCACCGACGUGUUCACACUGGAGAGAAGCCGUUCUGGUGUGAACAAUGUGGGAAAACUUUUUCUCAGAGUAGUGCCCUUAAAGUCCACCAACGCAUUCACACUGGAGAGAAGCCGUUCUGGUGUGAGCAGUGUGGGAAAACAUUUUCUCGGAGUGGUAACCUUAAAAGACACCAACUCAUUCACACUGCCUCCUCUUGAACAUUUUCUAAAGCCAAGCUGUUGUUAGAAAAGAGAGAGGGAACAGAUAGUGUGAGUCAAGAUGCUGUUUACUACCCAGACAACAAAAGAGAGCAGUCAGAGCCCAAAGUAGCCGAGGUCCAGGACCACUGCAGGCACUAACCUGCUUGAUAAAUAUGGAAGAAGAACAAAGUGGGGAAUUUGUCAGAGCACAUAACAUUGGGUAAAAAAAGAGCAUGUAAAGAUGACAAGUGAAAAUCAGUGCUGUGAAAAACAGGAUGAGUGUAACAUAACAGCUGUUUUCCAAGGAAUCAGAUUAUGAGAUAUUCAUGGUUGAAGCUUGUAGAAGAAAAUUAUUUCCCAGUUUUAGUCUCAUUUUAUCCUAAUAUCCUCUUUCUGUUCACUGAUUAAGUUGAUCAUAUUUUACCUUAUUUUUU